GCCCCUAGUGCGCGCCCUAGUGCGCGCAUGGUUGAAAGGUGUAGCUGCACUCCCCGUGGCAAUGUCGUCUCUCAGGUUCGUCAUCUUCCUCGGCACCGUCCGUGACGGCAACUUCGGCCAGAGAGCCGCCAAGUUAUGGUGAAGAAGCUGGAGGCGCGCGGCCACCAGACUACGUUGCUUGAUCCUGAUGUUCUGGAUCUGCCUCUGCUCAAGAAGCCACUCCACUUCUACAAGGACCGGAGCCAGGCACCCAAGGUCCUCCAGGAGACCAACCAAGCAAUCGUGGAUGCCGAUGCCUUUGUCAUAAUCUCAGCAGAGUACAAUCACUGCAUGCCACCGGCUCUCACAAACAUGAUGGAUCAUUUCCCAAUAGCCUCCUACAAGUACCGGCCCUCGGGGAUUGUCUGCUAUUCCAUGGGGUCAUUCGGAGGUGUUCGUGCCGCCAUGCAGUGUCGCAUGUUGCUCGGAGAGCUAGCAACGCCGAGUGUGGGCCCACUUUUGCAAUUCCCCAGAUCAACAAGGCUCUCUCGGAGACUGGGGAGCCUCUGAAUGACCACAUGGACUCGGGGGCUGAUAGGCUGAUCAACGAGCUGGAGUGGUACGGGCUGGCUCUCAAGAACCAUAGGGAUACGGCUGGUCUGCCCAAGUAACUGGGUAUAUACCCUUUGGGGCCACCAGGAUGCUGCUAUCAGACUUACAAGUAGUGUAGGCAACUUUUUAGACAGUCUGGUAAUUUUUAAUUACUAGCUGUCUUACCAAAUUCUGAAGCAAAACUGCUAAAAUUUCAAACCUCCUUGUUUCUGUAUAAUUAUACCUACAAUUUUGAUGACCAGUGACUGUAGUUAUAAAAUAUAAAACGAUGUUCAUUGUGGUGGUGGUUUUUGACGAGAGACAGAGGUGUUGUAUUGUUGUCAGGUGUUCCCCUAUUGCUCUCCCUGUCUGGAGACCACACCCUCUUGCAAGCUGACUCCACCCCCUUCGCUGUUGACAGUA